AAUAUCGCGAGAGGACGUUAAUGACUUCCUUGUCCCAUCCAGGCGGGGCGGGAAGACGAAAAGGUGGUGAGACGGGGCCUUUCUGGGGACGAUGCCAUCCGCAUUCUCAGUCAGCAGGUUCCCCGUCAGCAUCCCCGCCGUGAUCACGCAGACGGACUGGACGGAGCCCUGGCUCGUGGGGCUGGCUGUCUUCCACGUGCUCUGCCUGCUGCUCACCUGCUUCUCAUCCCAGAGGUACAGGCUGCAGGUGGGGCACUUCCUGUGCCUGGUGACCUUGGUCUACUGUGCCGAGUACAUCAAUGAAGUGGCGGCGAUGAAUUGGAGAUUGUUCUCCAGACACCAGUAUUUCGACUCGAGGGGCAUGUUCAUCUCCCUCGUGUUCUCCACGCCGCUGCUGCUCAACGCCCUGGCCAUCGUGGUCCUGUGGGUGCGCAAGACCCUGGCGGUGAUGACCGACCUGCGGAGCUUACGGGAGCAGCGGAGGGCGCGGGUGCGGGCGCGGCCCAAGGAGGAGUGACCGCUCCGCUCAGGCGUCUUCUCAUCCCCUGGAACACACGCAAACACGCUGUGAGGACAGACGCAGCCUACCACGCCCUGCGUGCACGCCGGGCCUGAGCAGCGCUGGUCGCUCCAGUUAAACUGGACAAACAGCAGCGCAGGGCCCUCCCAAGGCCGUGUGUCCACAGCCCCCCAUGCCUGGUGUGAGCUAUCAGAUGCCCCGUCCACCUGGCGACAGGGCCUGAGCGAGGGGCAGUGCCCACGCCUGGGCAGACCCACCACCCCGGUCACCCUGGUCUGUCUGCUCAGUGGUGGCCUCUCCGGGUGGUGUGGCCUCUCCGGGUGGUGUGGCCACUGGACAGAACACGAGGGGCCACCUGCCCUCCGUCCAGUUGGAGACGUCAGGGUCCAUGGAGGCGGUGGUUGGAUGAGCCCCUGGUGUUGCUUUCAGGAAGGACCGUUACAAGUAAACCGU